AUGCCCGGACUCAAGGUUGUCGCUCUGAUAUCUGGAGGAAAAGAUUCCUUCUUCUCUAUACUCCACUGCCAUGCAAACGGACACGAAGUCGUCGCUCUCGCAAACCUGCAUCCAGCCGCCCAAAAUGGCGAGCGCUCCGAGGAUAUCGACAGUUACAUGUAUCAAACCAUAGGCCACAGCGUUAUCCCGCUCUACGAACAGGCACUGGGUCUUCCACUCUACAGACAGGAAAUCUCAGGCGGAGUUGUGGAUAGCAAUAAGAGCUAUGCUUCUCCCGCAACCACUCUGCAAAGCCAACAAGACGAGACAGAAAGUCUGGUACCUUUGUUGCGUAAAGUCAUGGCUGCACACCCUGAGGUCAAUGCCGUUAGUACUGGAGCCAUUCUUUCGGAUUACCAGCGCACAAGAGUGGAAUCGGUGGCUAUCAGAUUGGGUCUGGUGCCUUUGUCUUAUCUAUGGCAGUAUCCGUUCUUGCCGCCGUAUACUGAGACUUCACUGUUGGAUGAUAUGGUUGCUGCUGGACAGGAUGCUCGUAUCAUCAAGGUCGCCUCCGGAGGACUGGACGAGGGCUUCUUGUGGGAGAAUGUGGCCAAUCACCGCACAAAGACUAGACUUGUGCGGGCGAUGGAGAGAUUCGGCAUCAUUGGUGAUGGUGCUGCGCUUGGUGAAGGAGGAGAAUUCGAGACGCUCGCCAUUGAUGGACCAUGGCCGCUGUGGAAGAACUCAAUUCAGGUCGAGGAUGAUGAUAAGACGAUUGCAGUUGGUGAAGCAGGAGCUGCGUCUGUGAAGAUCAAGACUGCACGUUUGGUGCCCAAGGAGCCGUCCUCGGAUUUCUUAUAUGAGCAAUUGCGUCGACCAACGACAUUGGACGAUAAGUUUGCAACUCUGGCAACGCGUAUGGAAGACAAGACCGAAGAGACUCCAGAAACACCUGAUGAGGCAGCAAAGACAACAGAAGCCCUCGACCUGACCUCUGGAUGGACAACUCAGACUACAGAUACUUGCACAAUCAUCUCAAACGCAAUGGCAGAAGGAAACUCAGCAGGAGAGCAGAUGACCAACAUCAUGACGCGCUUGAUAACCGACUACAAGGUCAAACCCUCCUUGAUCGCUUUCACCACCAUUCUACUACGAAGCAUGUCUGAGUUCGGUGCAGUAAACGUGGCAUAUGGGUCCCAAUUCACCACACCAAACCCACCGGCCAGAGUCACUAUCGCUUGUGGCAGCACCCUCCCGAUGAACACUCACGUCUCUCUAUCAGUCGUAGUCCUGCACGAUAGCAUAGUAGCACAGAAGCAAGGUCUCCACGUGCAAUCUCGCUCCUACUGGGCCCCAGCUAAUAUCGGCCCUUACUCUCAAGCCAUCAUCACACCAUCUCCUGCCUCCUCCUUACCUCAACUCAUCCAUAUCGCUGGACAGAUCCCUCUCGACCCACCUACCAUGGACUUCCCAGCACAAGGAGAUCUAACACCUGAAGCACACUUUGCCUCCCAAGCUGUUCUUGCACUUCAACAUCUGUGGCGCAUCGCUCAAAUCAUGCAAGCUUCACAUUUCCUGGGUGCUGUUGCAUUUAUCGCUGCAAACUCUCCUACAUCUACGCAAACUCGAGUGAACGCGGCAUUGCAGAGUUGGAAAUUAGCUCACCUGCCACCUGUCACAGAAGAAGCAGAAGACGAAGAAGAUGAACACUUUGAUGUGUGGGAUCAACGUCAAUUCGGCAAUGCAGGAAACGCUGUGACAGCUACUCGUCGCAAGGAUAUUGUGAAUGCAUUUGUGCCGCCAUGUUUUGUGGCCGAGGUGGAGAGUUUGCCUAGAGAUGCUCCGAUCGAAUGGGCAAGUGUUGCUAUCAGGGCAUUGGAUGGUGCUGUAGAGACUAAAGGUAAGCGAUAUUUGGCCCUUCUUUGUGCUGGCUGUUUUGCUAAUUGA